GCAGUGGGCGGUCGCGUGGACUUCGAGGACUUUGUGCAGAUGAUGGGGCCGAAGCUGCGGGAGGAGACGGCCCACAUGGUGGGCGUGAGGGAGCUCAAGAUCGCCUUCCGUGAGUUCGACGUGGACGGGGACGGGGAGAUCAGCAGCGCGGAGAUGCGGGAGGCCAUCGCGGCGCUGCUGGGGGAGCAGCUGAAGGCGCAGGAGGUGGACGAGAUCCUGCAGGACGUCGACCUCAACGGGGACGGGCACGUGGACUUUGAUG